UAGAACUCGCUCUCACACCACCCCGAUGCCCCCAAAACCCCUCACUGUGACCAUCGAAACCCAAACCCUAUCAGCACCGAGCUCAGUCUCACUCGCUCACCGACUCGGUAAGUUCCGUUGACUCGUUCUGUUCUGUUUCUCACUUCUCUGUCUGGUUUGAUCGGCAUUUUGAGUGUUUUCCGUCGAAGCAAACGGAGCCUUAGGGUUUCAUUCAUAUUUUUACGCAUUUACGUGAUUUGUAUACAUUUAUUUGUAUGUUUCUGGAGAGAUUUAGGUUUGGAGUGUUUUUGGAGAGAUUUAGGUUUGAUGUGCAUUGACUGUUUUCAGUAGGAAAAGGUCUGUCAGUGUAUUGAGAAUCAAUGAUGGGGCGUAAUAUAACCAAUCAUUCAGAAUCUCCGGUUAGGGGUCGGGGGUCUCCUCAUAGAAGGAGUCCGUCUAGGAGGAGCCCAUCUCGAAGAGAGAGAUCAUCACCCACCCGUCAAAGGAGCUCGCACAAGGUUAGAUCUCCGGAAAGAGAGAAACAUUCUGUUCACGCUAAAUCUCCAAGGCAUGUGAGGUCAAGUUCUCCUGCUGCUCGCUCACCUUCUCCCAGGACAAAACGGUUGAGGAGAGCUCAAGCUGAAGCUGAAAAAGAGAGAGAAACUGACAGAGCUAGGUCGGCUUCUCCCAGGACAAAACGGUUGAGGAGAGCUCAAGCUGAGGCUCAAAAAGAGAGAGAAACUGAGAGAGCUCGCUCGCCUUCUCCCCGGACAAAGCAGUUGAGGAGAUCACAAACUGAAAGAGAGGUUGAGAGAGAAACUGAGAGAGAGCAUGAAAAGAAUCACAGCAGGGGGAGACAUAGGGAAAGGGGUUCAGAGAGGGAAACUGUGGGUGAGAGAAAAGAGAGAAAGCUGGGGAGACAUGAUAAUGAGGUUGACAGAGAAACUGAGAGAGAGCAUGAAAAAAAUCAUGGAAAGGGGAGUGAUAGGGGGGCACAUAGGGAAAGGGAUUUUGAGAGGGAAACUGGGAGCGAGAGAAAAGAGAGAAGGUCUGGGAAAGAUGAUACUAAGGUUGAGAGAGAAACUGAGAGAGAGCAUGAAAAUAAAAAUGGCCGGGGGAGUGAUAGGGGGACACAUAGGGAAAGGGGUUCUGAUCGGGAAACUGGGGCUGAGAGAAAAGAGAGAAGGUCGGGUAGGGAUGAUGACGAUGGGAAAUCUUCUAGAUCAAGACAUGAGCGGUCUACUUCUCCUUCAGAUCAUCAGCGCAGGAGCAAACAUAGAUCUCUAUCUCCUCAACAAGAAGCUGAUACCAGAGCUCGUGACGAGGUGACAAAUUUAAGAGGAGCUGAAGGGCGGAAUAAUGAGGAUGAUUCAAUAGCUAAGAUGAAGGCUGCUGAGGAGGCUCUGGAAGCAAAGGAAACGCAAAAACCAUCGUUUGAGCUCUCUGGAAAGCUUGCUGCAGAAACCAAUAGAGUCAGAGGUAUAACACUGCUGUUCACUGAACCCUCAGAUGCUCGACAACCUGAGAUAAGAUGGCGGCUUUAUGUCUUCAAGGGUGGUGAAGUGCUAAAUGAGCCCCUUUAUAUACACCGCCAAAGUUGUUAUCUUUUUGGAAGGGAAAGAAGGGUGGCAGACAUUCCAACGGACCACCCAUCCUGCAGCAAGCAACAUGCUGUCAUUCAAUUCCGACAAGUAGAGAAGGAGGAAGGCGAUGGUACAUUAACAAAGAAACCGAGAGUAUGUACUACUGCACGAGAACUCCGCCACUUGAUGGGCAGAAGUUGGCUCGUCCAAUGUGCCGCCUCCUCCUUUCAGCAUGUGAAACAUGUUGAUUCUUUGACGGAUGGGAACUAUUUGCAGCUCAUUUGUGCUGUAUUUUCUGUAGAUGCAGUUGAGUUUGAUUGUCUUUUUACCGGUGUUGCUGAAAGGAACAGUUUGAAUGCCUUAACUCAUACUUCUUUUAUAUAAACAAUGACCUCAUAAUUUCUUUGGCA